AUGGGUAGAAGAAAAGUGAAACUGGCUUUCAUUGUGAAUGAUGCUGCAAGGAAAGCAGCAUACAAGAAUAGGAAGAAAGGUCUGUUGAAGAAGGUUGAUGAGUUAUGUAUUCUUUGUGGAAUUGAAGCUUGUGCUAUAAUUUGUUGCCCAUAUGAUCCUGAGAUUUGGCCAACACCAUUGGGAGUCCAAAAGGUGCUCUCAAAAUUCCGGACGGUGCCAGAAUUUGAGAAAAGCCAGAAAACGAUGAAUCUAGAGAUUUUCCUCAAACAAAGAGUUUCCAACGCUAAAGAAAAACUAAAGAAGCAAAUGAGAGAGAAUAAAGAGAAAGAGAUGAUGAUGGUCAUGUUUCAAUGUCUCAAUGCUGGAAAUGUUGUGGACAACAAUAUGUCUGGGGUUGAUUUGAAUUCUCUUGCUUCCUUUAUUGACCAUAAUUUGAAUGACAUUGGUAGAAGGUUGGAAACAGAUAAUAUUAAUAAUUGGGAAAUUCAGAUGAAUAACUUUGACAACAUUGAAAGGGAAUCGAAUGUGGAUUUCAAGCAUGAUAAUGAUGAAAAUCUUGAGAAUGAAUUUUGGAGUAACCUACAACCUUGA